AUGGCUUCCCCAAGACUCAUAAAACUGUCUGUUACAGACACGCCCGUCUUUAGCUUCAACCUGAAGGCUGAAACUGCGGAGAAAUCAAGUGCUGUAUUACAGAAAGACGAGGAGGAGCAUAACAUGUACUUUAACGACCAGGGUUUCCAUACUUCCCUCAUUCGGAAACUAUUGACAACUACCCUAGAUCACAUCGAUCAUCAUGUAUUGUCCAUCUACGCUCUCGGGGCGUCGCCCGAAGACGUAGAGCGGGCUUAUGUCAGGAAUUCGAGCUAUCAACGGCCUGCCCUUCCGGUAGACGAGGAUAUCAUCAAACGCCUAAGCAACCGAGAUGAAUUCCGAAAACUGGCGGGCCAGAGGGAGCACUACUCAAACUUCCUGCAAUUCUUUAAACGAGAGCUUGAGGCUAAAGGGGCCGACUCUGUCGUGCACGAGUAUGUCUUUGCGGGAGGAGAAUUUGCUGACGAAAUGCUGGCACGACUUUUUGCAGGACUAAUGCAUCCAAUAAUCCAUCUGGGCUUCGGAAUUGAGUUUAACCAACCUUCGAUCAUUGCACAGGCGCUCGCACAAAUUGCUACCCACGAUAAGCGGCUUGAAACAUUCUUCCAGGCCGCUGAGCGUAUGGCAAAGGACGCUGGAAAUCCUGGAGAAAAGACAUUGGUUCAACUCCAAGACGAGCUGCGAAAUGACCCAGACAUCAAACGCUCUGUCAUGUGGGCUGACGCAAAUAAAAUUUUUGACGGCGUGAUGCACCGAUGCCCGGAGAAAAUGAUCAAAUAUGCGAGCCAGUUCAGCGCUAACGCUGACCAUCUGGAGGAAAAGCUUGCCGAACUCAUUAACUCAACCGGUAUGGCGGACUUGUACUUUACUGGCACAGCUCAAAACCCCAAGAAGGCGAUCAAGUUCGAUUUCUUUUAUAUCCACUCGCUAAAUUCCAAUAUCUUCCUCCCCACUUUUUUUGCCCAGCCCUGGAUGACAAUGGAGACUAAGAUACGUCUCCUUGAGUGGAAGGCCCGUAAUGAUCUCCUUAUUUAUGUCUCUCGUGGAUGCACGGAACCUUUCCUGGAAGACAUCACGAACUAUACCCCCAAAUUGAGUUGGGAGGAAGUGUUUAAGAAGACCGUCACACUCGAGCAGGAUGACGGACAUGCUGCCAAGUUCAUUCGGCAUAUCGCCCAUGGAGAAAAAGUUUGCAAGCCAUAUGAAGAAAAAGACGGUUUCCGCAUCAAAAGCGGCAUGUGGUUGAAGCUGGGGAACAUGCUGGUUGAUUCUGUAUGCGCACCAGGGCCCAGCUGGGUGAGAUCAGCAGGUUUUGAAGAGGCCUGGGAGGGUAUCCCUGCGCGACAGUAG